GCCCAGUUCUUUGUACAGGUCAGGGCAGCGGGACCCACCACAGUUGGGUUUUCCAGACUUCCCGCCCAAGCGGGUUUCCGCCCCGUCCUUUCGCAGACUGCGCAUGUGCGGCGGCCAUUCCUGUGCGCCAUGGCCGACGCAGAAGCAAGCCUGUUGCGCCAUUUCCCGCUGCUGCUUCCUCAGAACCGGGAGAAAACUGUGUAUGAGGGAUUCAUCUCGGCUCAGGGAAGUGACUUUCACCUCAGAAUAGUGCUGCCUAAGGACCUGCAGCUCAAGAAGGCAAGAUUACUGUGUAGCUUGCAGCUGAAAAAUAUACUUAAUGAAUACCAUCAAGUAGUCCAACAGAGAAUGAAGCACUCCCCUGAUCUAACGAGCUUUAUGAUGGAGUUGAAGAUGAUUUUGGAGGUUGCUUUAAAGAAUAAACAAGAGUUGUGUGUACAACCACCUUCUUGCAGUUUCUGCAAAGACCUUCUUACUGAGAUAGGAGCCAUUGGUUGGGAUAAACUCGCAUGUGUGGAGAGUUCCUUCAGCACCAUCAAGUUAAAAGCAGAUGACACUUCUGGCAGAGAGCACCUAAUCACUGUCAAGUUGAAGGCAAAGUAUCCUGUAGAGCCACCAGAUUGUGUCGUGGACUUUCCUGUCCCAUUUUCUGUUUCCUGGACACCACAGAGCUCCUUGGUCGAUGUUUAUAGUCAGUUCUUGGUGGCAUUAGAGACACUGAAGGUGUUCUGGGAUGUUAUGGAUGAAAUUGAUGAGAAGACCUGGGUGCUGGAGCCAGAGAAACCUCCCCGGAGUGUGACAGCACGCAGGAUUGCAUUAGGGAAGAAUGUUUCCAUAAACAUCGAGGUAGACCCUAGGCACCCUACCAUGCUUCCUGAGUUUUGCUUUCUUGGAGCUGACCAUGUGACAAAACCCCUGGGAAUGAAGCUGAGUGGUAGCAUUCAUUUAUGGGAUCCAGAAAAUAGUCUGUUACAAAAUUUGAAAGAUGUUUUAGAAAUUGAUUUCCCAGCUCGUACUAUUUUGGAAGAAUCUGACUUCAGCAUGGACUGUGGAAUCUGUUAUGCCCAUCACCUGAAUGGCGCCAUUCCUGAUCAAGUGUGUAAUAAUCCCCAGUGUGGACAGCCUUUCCAUCAAAUAUGUCUGUAUGAGUGGCUGAGAGGGUUGAGCACCAGCAGACAGAGUUUUAACGUCUUCUUUGGUGACUGUCCCUAUUGUAGUAAGCCAAUUACCUUGAAAAUGUCUGGGAGAAAACCCUGAAUGGAACCUACCUAUGAAGAGAUGGAAUGCUUAAAAAUUGUUUAAAAAUAAAAACAAAAGCAAAAACCAAUUUAUUUGGUGACUUCAGAGAAAAUACAAAGCAAGAAAUACAAAUAUCAGCAGACAGAAUAUAGUGAUUCCAUAGUAAUACACAUCUGCCUUUGUCUCUUCACUCAGAGUCAACUGAGAAACUGCAGGCCAAAAUCUUGGAGAACUUUCCAAGUCUGUGACUCCCAGAUUACCCCUGGGCGUGUAUCUGUACCGAGGCAGGGAUCUUGGCUUCUUGAUGGGAUCUCUACUAGUGCAGUCCAGAUUGGGCUUACAAUAUGAACCUUGGAAACUCAUAUAGCUGGGUGUUUGUUGAAGACUCUGCAUUUCACUGAAAAUAUCAGAAUACUCAUGUAUUUUCCUUGUCCUUGAGUUUUCCUAUGAAAGAAAUAUAUUUUGUUAGAUUUGAGUUAUGGAGGCAUUUAUUGUAUACUCUUCAACAGUGCUAAAUAAAACAACAUACCAAGCAAGUCU